UUUACUUUAAUUUAAUAUAUAUAAGGCAGUAUUAUCUUAUAAUGGGUAAAUUUGAUAAUAAAGCAAAAUAGUCCAGAAAUAGUUCAAUAUGAUUUUAACAAGGUCAACAUUUUGAGUGUUUUUGUUUACCAUUCCCAUAGGCCAAGUGACACGUUUUUGACCAUUACAACAAGCCAAGUUGUGAACUACUUACUGAUCAAUAAUCACUUGGUGGUGCAUUGAUUAGUAUAUAAAAAGCUAAUGUAGGGAGCCACCAUUCACAGACUGACACAAAGAGGAGAACGGCACUGUUUAUUUAAAACAAGAAUGUGAAUUUUCUUUCAAUUAUUUUAACAGAAUUUCCUUCAGUUUUGUAUAAAAAUAAAUUUCGGACUCUGAGACAUCAAGCCAUACAUCAUGAGCCAUCACUCUUCUUGGAGAGGGCAUCAUUGUGCCCCUGGAGACAACAACUGCACUGCAGGCUUUACGGAGUCCUUGGGCAGCAGGAACUACAAGUUGCAUGUGCCUAUCCAUGGGCCGACCCACAGCCACCACCAUGAGCCUCCACACACGUUUCCCACCGUGGAUGUUCCUGAUCAUGCUCACUAUAUCAUCGGCACUGUCAUCCUAAUAGUUGGCAUCACCGGAGUGAUUGGAAACGCACUGGUGAUCUACGUGUUCUGCCGGAGCCGUUCUCUUCGCACUGCAGGGAACAUGUUUGUGGUGAACCUGGCUGUGGCUGAUUUCUUCAUGUCCCUUACUCAGUCGCCCGUGUUCUUUGUAGCCAGCCUGCACAGGCGCUGGAUCUUUGGCGAGCGCAUUUGUGAGCUCUAUGCCUUUUGCGGUGCCCUUUUUGGGAUCUGUUCCAUGAUGACUUUGACUGCCAUUGCUGCUGAUCGUUGCCUAGCCAUAACUCAGCCUCUUGCCUUGGUGGGCAACGUUAGCCGACGCAAAGCAGGCGCGGUGUUGGUCGUUGUGUGGCUCUACUCUCUGGGCUGGAGCCUUCCGCCUUUCUUUGGCUGGAGCGCUUAUGUUCCAGAGGGUCUUCAGACUUCCUGUUCUUGGGACUAUAUGACCUUCACUCCAUCAGUUCGUGCAUACACCAUUUUCCUCUUCAUUUUUGUGUUCUUCAUCCCACUGGGCAUUAUUGGCAGCUGCUACUUUGGAAUCUUCCAAGCUAUCCGAGCAAUGGGAAAGGAAAUUAGAGAGUUGGAUUGUGGGGAAACGCAGAAGGUGUAUGAACGCAUGCAGAACGAAUGGAAGAUGGCGAAAGUCGCCCUCCUGGUCAUUUUGCUUUUUGUAAUAUCCUGGUCGCCCUACUCUGUGGUGGCCCUCACUGCCACGGCUGGCUAUUCCCAUCUCCUGACCCCCUACAUGAAUUCAGUACCCGCUGUGGUUGCCAAGGCCUCAGCCAUCCAUAAUCCCAUCAUCUACGCAAUUACGCAUCCAAAGUAUCGGGCGGCUAUUGCCCGUUACAUUCCAGUACUCCGCACCAUCUUACGUGUGAAAGAGAAGGAGCUCCGUUCCUCUUUUAGUUCCGGCAGCGUUAGUUCCCGUCGUCCGACCCUCUCCAGCCAGUGCUCCCUGGGAGUUAGCAUCGGCAAUGCAGCACGAGCUAACGGCCGCUGGGGAAAGACACGCUUGUCUUCUGCUUCAGAUAGUGAUUCUUGCUGGACUGAGAGUGAGGCUGAUGGUUCCAGCGUCAGUUCCCUGACGUUUGGUCGUCGUGUGUCCACCGAGAUCUCUACAGAUACUGUCAUUCUUUCACCAGGGUCAAGUAUUAGCACCGCCAGUGGGCAGAAAUCAGAGAAGCCACACAAAGUUGUAAGUGCACCGGUGCCGUCAAUUAGUUUUGAAACAGAUGCAGCAGAUGAGUCUGAUGGAAAGGCUUUGCUCCUCGGAGGGAACUAAGGGAAUGACACAGCUCUGCAGGGUACUAGUAACUUUAGUAGCUUUGACCUAUUAUUUUUUAUUUAGAAUAGAUGUCCUUAUUUACUCUUUGCAUGUCGUGAACAACCCUUGACUUGUUAGUUUUGUAAACUUUGUUUUUGAAAUGAAAUGAUUUCCAAGUUAUAUGUGAAUUUAAAAAAUGUAUUAUUAUUUGAAUAAUAAAAC